CAAUGAUUUGCUUCAGCACUGCAGAACUCAGAAGCGACUAGAAAUCAUAUGAUCGAGACGAGCAGCAUAUAUUUGUGCAAGUCGAACCACAACUAUUCCCAACGAUACUCACUAAACUUCACCACUGGGCUGGUUGUUCUUAACGUUUAUAGUAAAAAUGGAUAAGAAGCAAGAAGCAAGUGGAAGUACAAGUGUCUGUGAAUAUGGUUCGAAACAUCUUCGAGACGAUGAAAUAGCUUCUCAGAGUCCAAUGCAGUCUUCAUCAUUAGCAAUUGUGAAGUUUUUGGUUAAAUAUUGUGGUGCCGACUUAAGUUGUAAAGAUGAGUCGGGCAAAACUGUUUUACAUCAUGCUGUUCAUGUUGGCGAGACAGAAAUUGUUAAAUAUUUUGUUGAACAAUGUGGCGCUGAUGUAAAUGCCAAGGAUAAAAAUGAGAGGACAGUGCUGAACUACGCUGUUACUGAAGGUUUGCUAGAAAUGGUUAAAUAUCUUGUUGAACAUGGCGCUGAUGUAAAUGGCAUGGAUAUUAAUCCAUGGACAGUGCUUCAUGAUGCUGUUAAAAACGGUACCCCAGAAAUAGUGAAAUAUCUUGUUGAACAUGGCACUAAUGUAAAUGACAAGGGUGCAUACGGAUGGACAGUGCUUCACCAUGCUGUUACUAAAGGCACCCUAGAAAUAGUGAAAUAUCUUGUUGAACAUGGCGCUGAUGUAAAUGGCAAGGAUAAAAUAGGGCGGACAGCGCUCAAAUACGCCGUUACUGAAGGUUUGCUGGAAAUGGUUAAAUAUCUUGUUGAACAGGGCGCUGAUGUAAAUGGCAAGGGUCUUGACGGUCGGACAAUGCUUCACUAUGCUGUUAAUAAAGGUUCGCUAGAAAUGGUUAAAUAUCUUGUUGAACAUGGCGCUGAUGUAAAUGGCAAGAAUAAAUACGGAUGGACAGUGCUUCACGAUGCUAUUACUAAAGGUAGGCUAAUAAUAGUGAAAUAUCUGGUUGAAAAGGGCGCUGAUGUGAAUAGCAAGAAUACUCAUGGGUGGACAGUGCUGCACGUUGCUGUUAGGCUUAAUAUAUUACAGAUUGUCAAGUAUUUAGUUGAAAAGGGUGCUGACGUGACUCUUCACACUCACACUCUUGGCAUUGACAUCCUCAAGAUGGCUGUUGUGAAAAACUCAGUUGCUUUGGUCAAUCUUGUAUUGGAAAAGAACAUCGCUGUGUGGAGAGCUGGAACAUUUCUUGUUGAAGGAAGACAAAUGAGUCUUCUUGAAUGGAGUAUUCACCAUGGUCAUGAUGAAAUUACAACUAUCCUCAAAAGCUCCGUAAAUCAUCGUGAGAAGAUUCAGAUGUUGAAAACAAUGAAUUGCAACCAGUUAAAAGAGACUGAAGCACCGAUGCAGGCUUUUGUCGCAAAGAAUCAAUUCAAAAUUGGUGCUGGUGGUUUUUCUUGUGUGUAUGUUGGUCUCAUGAAGGAUGGAAGUGAAGUUGCUGUUAAGAGAAUUUUAGUACAAAAUGAGGAUGAAACAGUUGAAAACGAAAAGGAAAUCAUGAGUCUUAUUGAAACAAACUCUCCAUUUAUAGUGAAAUAUCGACAUUUUCACCGUGACGAUACCUUCAUGUAUCUUAUUGUUGAUCUUUGCGAAGAAACCUUGAGGAAACUUGUUCAAGCAUCCAGUAUUGAACAUGUACAAGAGCACGGUCCACGAAUGAUUAGGGAAAUUCUAUCAGGACUUGAAUUUCUUCAUGGUAAAGGAAUAUUGCACAGAGAUCUAAAACCAUCAAACGUCCUGGUUGAUAUCGAAGGUCGCAUGAAAUUGGCAGAUUUUGGAAUAAGCCGCGUUCUAAAUGAAGAUGAAACGACAGUUGAAACAUUCGCUAAAGGUACUCGCGGAUGGAUGCCACCGGAAGUAAUUGAAGCCAUAAAGAGAAACGAAAAGGGUCGUUUCAAAAGAAAAUCAGAUGUCCAUGUCGCGGGUAUGAUUGCUUUUUACGUGUUGACCAAAGGUGAACAUCCUUUUGGAUCUGAAUUAGAUCGAAUGAAAAAUAUUUCAGAGAAUAAUCCUGUCAAUUUGGAGAAACUUGGUGACCACGAAGCUCGUAGGUUUGUGUCGUGGUUGAUUAAUCACAAGAUUGAUGAUAGACCUCGCGCUCACGAAGUAUUGAGGGAUUCCUUAUUAAGCAAACCACAAGGAACACAGCGAGCAAUCAAACAACCAACCACGACGUUUGUUUUAGAUUAUGAAUCCUUCCUAGCCUAAUUUUGUCCUUGAAGAGGGAACCUUUGAGCGACACAAGGGCGACAGAACAUAGCUAAUUUCAAAAUAAUUAUCACAAUAAUAUAGUAGAGGGGGGAGGGACAGCCGCAGUUUGUCCUUGAAGGGGAACUUUUGAGCGACACAAGGGCGACAGAACAUAGCUAAUUUUAAAAUAAUUAUCACAAUAGUAUAGUAGAGGGGGGAGGGGACAACCCAAGUUUUUCCUUGAAAGGGAAACAUGGAGCGACAAAAAUUCGACACAAGGGCGACAGAACAAGUCGCAUCAGGCGACAAUAAAGAAAUGCUGAACGCGGCCGCCGUGGAUUAGCAUUUCGUAAACGGUCGGUAGCAACUUUGAUGGUCGGUAGCAUCAUUUACAGCUUCGGAAGUCGCCGUGCAUUUCGCGACACUUUCCGAAUCAAAAAAUCGACAAGAAUGUGUUUUAAUCAUUUGCGAAUUUGCUCUAUCGACGUGAUUCUCAAUCCUAUUUCAAUCAUCGUGAUAAUAGUUUAGCAGAAUGUGCUGUAGUUUUUAUUAAUAAGUUGAAAUUAGCUCCAGUUAGAAUAAAUAUACAUAUUUUUUACCUAUAAAAUAUCCUCAACACGACGUGUGGUUGGUUCAAGUAGAACCUCAAUAUUACAGUCUGCAAUAUAUUGUACACUAUUUGAAAGAAAGAUUUCAUAACUGAGGGGCUGUUCACAUGAGCCAGGUUACCGAGAUGACUUUAAAAAAGCUGUUUGGACAAUCGAGAACAAACUAGGCUAACUAGCCAUUUGUCACAACGUCUUUAAAAUUAUUGGAUUAUAUUUGUUCGUUGCAAGAACGAUUUUGCUAGAGACUAACUGUAAAUAGUCCCAGAUUUAAUGGACACUGUAUCGCCUGCGACAUGACUUAUGCUGUAUGGAAGGAAGGUGUUAAGAUAGAGCUAGAAGCAGUAGAGA